AUGUCUCUCUUCCGAUCCAGCUUCCACCCAUCCGGCGAUUUCGCCCCUCUCUUCCGCCUCCUGGACGACUAUGAUCGCCACCGGAGCCACAGUCAAUCUGCCGUGCGUGGCUUCGCCCCCAAAUUCGAUGUCCGCGAGAGCGAGUCAGCCUUUCAUCUCGAUGGUGAACUUCCUGGUAUUGCCCAGGAAGACAUCAACAUCGAGUUCACCGACCCGCAGACCUUGGUCGUGAAGGGUCGUACCGAGCGUGAAUACCACCACUCUUCGGAGCCAUCCAAAAACCAGUCCAACAGCAGCAGCAACGAUACAGAACAGGCUGUUGAGACCGCUGACAAGGCCGCCAAGAACAAUACCAAGACUGCUUCUAAUGGCCACCGCUACUGGGCUAGUGAGCGUACUGUUGGGGAAUUCUCACGCACUUUCUCAUUCCCGAAUCGGGUGGACCAGGACCAUGUCAAGGCUAGUCUGAAGAAUGGUAUUCUGUCCAUUCUGGUGCCCAAGGCGACCGCCCCGGCUACGAAGAAGAUCACCAUCGAGUAA